CUCGGAGUGUAUUUCAAAGUUACAUAAUACUAUUUGAAGUGACGGGUUAAUGAUUGGUCAAGAAGUCAAAGUUUAAUGAACCAUGGUAUGAUCAAUGAUUGAAGUGAAUUUUUAUCCUAGAUGUCCACGAGUUCCAGAGUAUGGUGGGCGAUGGGUGAGAUCGAUGUUGAGGGUGAGGAUGCGGCUCCUUCCGUUGGAAAGCAGUUUCCUGAUUGGUCAUUACGGAGAGGAAGAAUACAAAACAGUGGUAGAAAUAUUAUCGUCCCUUCUCGAUUUGAUAUCGGGACGGAACAUUCAAGAAAAACCAAAACUACCCGAGGAUCCGAGAGUAGUUUUCGGUAUCUUGACGGAUGGUUGGGUGGUAUUCCGUUAUUGAAUUGAAUGCUUAUCAAUUCUCUCUUCACUCCCAUCAUAUUACAAUACUGUGCUGCGCGUACUUCUUCUAUAUCAAACCCCUUCGCGUUCGCGUUCACCUUCAACUUCAAAAUAUUAAUUUUGGUCAAAUUGAUUCCAAUCAAUUUGAACAUAGAAAUAAAAUCACCUUCUCCUCUCUGCUUUCUACCCCUCUUCUUCCUUCCCACUUUACAAUCUCCAAACCUUCAACCGUCAAACCUUCAACUCUCAAAAUUGAACCUUUUGAGUUUGAGUUCGAUCUUUAUUUAGAUCGCCAAUACAAGCACCCUGUCUAAUACCUUCUUUCUCCGAAUAAUCCUCGAGUCAUUCGAAAAGGAUCACAAUAGUCAAGUCUUCAUCAUGACAGACCAUUCACAACAACAGUCCGCCAUUUCCAAUUCCUCCUACUAUAGCACGGCAACUAUGAAGCCAGUUCCUGCACCUCCAUCAGUUUCCAGUGCUCCACCAGGAUGGCUCUACAAACGUAUCCGCAUUGGUAAAUAUCGUCUUCCUUAUUACGCGUCGCCACAAAUUCAACUGGUCUUGGUCGCACUUGUAUGCUUCCUCUGUGUUGGCAUGUAUAAUGCGCUCAGUGGUCUUGGUGGUGGUGGUCAAAUUUCUGCAAAGCCAGCAGAUAAUGCGAAUUCAGCUCUCUAUUCCACCUUCUCGGUCGUGGGUUUCUUCGCAGGUACCUUCGCAAAUCGUCUCGGAAUUAGACUCACUUUAAGUUUGGGUGGAUUGGGCUAUUGCGUCUAUGCUUCAAGCUAUCUCUGCUAUAGUCAUACUCAAAACACGGGCUAUGUUAUCUUCGCAGGUGCAUUACUUGGUGUUUGCGCUGGUCUCCUCUGGACAGCACAAGGUGCCAUUAUGAUGUCUUACCCGCCGGAAGAAUCAAAAGGAAAAUACAUCUCAUGGUUCUGGUCAAUCUUCAAUCUUGGAGGUGUCUUUGGUGCUUUGAUUCCUCUUGCCUUGAACAUCAACGACACAUCAAAUCAUGUUGUUAGCGACGGUACAUAUAUCGGUUUCAUCAUUCUGAUGUUUAUUGGAGCACUCAGCGCGUUAUGUCUAUGUGAUGCGCAUAAAGUUCGACGUGCCGAUGGAUCUCAUGUCAUUCUCAUGAAAAAUCCAACUUGGAACACAGAAAUCUGGGGACUCUGGUAUACACUUAGGAAUAACGUCUAUGUCUUCCUCCUGUUUCCAAUGUUCUUCGCCUCCAAUUGGUUUUACACAUAUCAAUUCAAUGGAGUCAACGGCGCACACUUCAAUACACGAACUCGAGCCCUCAACAAUAUCUUGUACUGGUUCGCACAAAUUAUUGGUGCUUUCUUAUCCGGUUACGCCUUAGAUAUUCAAAGAUUCAAGAGAACCGCCAGAGCAAGAGCUGGCUUGAUUGUAUUGAUCGUCCUGACUGCCGCUAUUUGGGGUGCAGGUUAUGGUUUUCAAUCUAGUGUUCCUGAUCGUGAUGUCACUGGUAAAAUCGAUUACGAAGGCAAGAUCGAUUGGACAAGUGAAGGUUACGCUGAAGGAUUGGUGUUGUAUAUUGCCUAUGGAUUCUAUGAUGCUGUCUGGCAAUUAUCUGUCUACUGGUUCAUGGGUGCACUUUCCAAUUCCGGUAGAAAAACAGCAAAUUUUGCUGGUUUCUAUAAGGGCAUCCAAUCUGCUGGUGCUGCCAUCGCUUGGCGCAUCGACGCAAUGGAGUAUCCAUACCUUACUCAAUUCGCCAUUACAUGGAGUCUUCUUGCUGGUUCCCUUGUUGUCGCAGCACCUGUUAUCUUCUUGAAUAUCAAAGAAGCUACAUCAAUUGAUGACGAUAUUCUUGAUACUGAUCUUAACUAUGCGGAUAUUAUCCCUCAAGCUAUUCUUCUUGAUGAAGAUAAGAAUUAUCAUGGUGGUCACAGCAGUUCAACAGACACACGUCGUCCGUUUAAUUCCACUAGGGAUGAUAUGGAACUUCCUCACCUUCGACAUGAGAAGAAUUCCGAAGAUAUGGUUUAAAUCGGUCAAAAGAUCCAAGAGUAGGUUAUUACAGUUAGCAAGGUCUAUCCUCCCUUGGACUUGACUGGUUUAUCUUUUAUUUAAGAUGUCAAUGUUUAUUUGCUAAUGGAAGGAUGGAGAGAUUGAGGGGAAGGUUUCAUUUUCGUUUAUUUUUUCUCGUCACAACACUUUUUACAAACGACUGAUUGUGAACGAGUACCGAGUAUAUGCUUGAGAUAAUUUUUUCGAUUUCGAUUUCAACGGGGACGUUUCUCGUUUUUCUGAUAUUUUACAACGCAACAAAACGACAUACGGUUCAGCGGUUCGGAAAUUUGCUUUUUUCAUGUUUAUGGUUGUGGUAAAUGGAUGUGAGAUGCGAGUUCUUAAAAAAAGCAAAUUGCGAAUGAAGGAUCAAUGUUAUAUCAGAAUCAAUAGUUGAGAUUUUACGAUUGAAGAAUGGAGUGUACGAAUGGAGUGGUGGUUUUAUGGCAUGGCUAGGAUUCAAAGCAUAUACUUGUGGUAAUGAUUCUUCGGAUGAAUUCAAACUUGACGUGGAUACUUUAUACAUUUAACUUUAGAGGUACCACGGAUGGAUUUGAUUGAAAUCCAUGAGUUUCGAACUUCUUUUAGAUACUUGAUGAUUGAUGCUUGUUGCUUCAAAUGAGAUGUUUAUUAGCGCAUUGGAUUGUUGUAAAUUGAGCAGAUACUCUAGGUGAUAGUGAUAGUGGAGAAAUAAUUAAUUUAUGCGUGGUUCUUAUUACAUUG